GUUCGGGAUCCAUAUAUGCCUUGCCUUACCUAAAUCACUUCCUCUGCGUUCUGAUGUUCUCUCUGUAGCACGAAACAGAGGAUUCAAAUAGUGGCAUCACAGACCGUUUCUACCACAAUCCAAUUUCGAUGGAGUUUGGGAUUGAUGGCUCUAUUACUGGCGAGACAGUAGUAAAUACUACUGCUAUAGGUGAGGUUAGUAGCAUAGCUAAUGACAACAGAGAAGGUGGAAGUUCUGUUGAACCAAUUUACAAACAAGAUCAACAUGAUAAUGUGACUCAAGAUUCCUCUGGAGGGAUCACUAUCCCAUCUGCAAUUCCCACAGUAUCAGUUGUUUCAGUUGAAGAGCCCUAUGUGGGUCAGGAGUUUGUGUCGGAAUCAGCAGCACAUGCAUUUUAUAAUGCAUAUGCCACAGAUGUUGGAUUCAUCAUACGUGUGAGUAAACUCUCACGAUCAAGGCGUGAUGGAACUGUUAUUGGACGCGCUCUUGUUUGCAACAAAGAGGGUUUCAGAAUGCCUGACAAACGUGAAAAGAUUGUGAGGCAAAGGGCCGAGACCAGGGUUGGUUGCAGGGCAAUGAUUAUGGUGAGGAGAGUUAGUUCUGGCAAAUGGGUUGUUACAAAGUUUAUAAAGGAACACACACAUCCUUUAACUCCUGGUAAAGUUAGAAGGGAUUUCUAUUAUGAACAAUAUCCGAGUGAAGAAGAAAAAAUUCGGGAACUAUCUCAGCAGUUGGUAAUUGAGAAAAAGCGAUCUGCGACCUAUAAAAGACAUCUUGAAUUGAUAUUUGAGCACAUUGAAGAGCAUAAUGAGAGUCUUUCAAAGAAAAUACAGCACAUAGUAGAAAGUGUGAAGGAGAUGGAAAGCAAAGAACAACAGAGUCGACUUUGACAGGUUCAGUAUGAUAUUUAGUUGGUAGAAGAAACUAGUUAAGUAAAUGUAUAGGUCUUUUGAGUCCAUUUUUGUCGUCCCAACAAUGCAAUAACUCAUAACAGGUGCUGAUAGAGUAGUCUAUUUUUGUACAGAGUGAGACUGUUGAGAAUGCUGUGGCUGGAUAUUCAUAUUUGAUAUUUCCUUCUCCUUCCAUCAAUGGAUUUACUCUUUUCGUUGACUUUAA